AUCAGAUGGCUUGGGCAGUCGCAAGCGAGCCGUGACAUCGUGAACGGUUCGCAGCCUCCGAGCGUGCUCUCACUCAAUACUUAGGGUAUUCGAUGAUUACGCGCUACACUGACCAUCGGGUGCGUUUAGAAACUUGUCAAAUUAAAGAAUUCCGGUUAUAAGAACACGCGUCGCCGCAUCCGUAUGAGGAACUGUGUAGUUUAUUUAAGUUUUUUGUGAAUUUUGUGUUGCGGACUUUUCAAGUGGUUUCCUUGAUGCAACUGUGACGCUGAUACCUCCUUUAGGUCACGAAGCGAUGCCGCAUAAGUUUUAAAGUUGGGUGCGCGUGCGCAUAGUAGACAUUUUUGGGGUCAAAUCGCGGUGGGGGUGUUCGGUGGUGUUUAGGGAGGGGUAGAGGGUGGUGUGGGGUGAAGUUUGCGGGGUGGCUCUACACGGGGGCUGGGGGCGGCCGGCGCCGGCGCCCGCGCACGCCGCCACCACGCUGGUCGGCGGGCUGGUCGCGCCGCCGCGGGAACCAACCACGGCGGCAGAGGCUUUCUGGAAGAUGCCGCAUAAGGAUCAGCAGGGAAUCAUUGAGACUGUCCACUUACAUGAGCUGAUGCAUAGCGCGGCAAUGGGGGGCGGAGCCCUAUUUGGGUGCUCUUCAGCCGGCCACAGCGGCAUCAACCAACUUGGCGGAGUGUAUGUCAACGGCAGGCCGCUGCCUGACUCCACGCGCCAGAAGAUCGUGGAGCUGGCGCACUCGGGCGCGCGGCCCUGCGACAUCAGCCGCAUCCUGCAGGUCUCCAACGGCUGCGUCUCCAAGAUCCUCGGCAGCUUUGCACGCAGAUAUUACGAGACGGGGUCAAUAAAGCCCCGAGCGAUUGGCGGGUCUAAACCGAGAGUGGCCACGACUCCAGUGGUCCAGAAGAUAGCUGACUACAAGAGGGAGUGCCCCUCAAUCUUCGCGUGGGAGAUCAGGGAUCGUCUGCUCAGCGAAAACGUGUGCAAUAAUGACAACAUUCCUAGUGUAUCUUCAAUCAACCGCGUCUUGCGGAACCUGGCAUCGCAAAAGGAGCAAGCGGCGUCGGCGCAGAACGAUAGUGUUUAUGAAAAACUGAGGAUGUUCAAUGGUCAGGCGGCUACAGGCUGGUGGUACCCUGGACUGCCGGCUGCACCAGCAGCGCCUGCCAUUCCUGCACCACUACCACCGCAGCUCAAUAGGACACCUACUGAGGAACAUAAAAGAGCAGAUCCAUUACAAUCGGAGGCUGGGUCGGAUGGCAACAGCGAGCACGCAUCAUCAGGAGACGAGGACUCGCAGAUGAGGUUACGACUGAAGAGGAAACUGCAGAGAAACCGAACCUCCUUCACCAAUGAUCAGAUAGAUAGCCUUGAGAAAGAAUUCGAACGGACGCACUACCCGGAUGUGUUCGCGCGGGAAAGACUGGCUGAAAAGAUUGGAUUGCCUGAGGCACGUAUCCAGGUAUGGUUUUCAAACCGGCGAGCGAAGUGGCGUCGCGAGGAGAAGCUCCGGAGUCAAAGACGUGAUGCCCCCGCUGCAUCACCACCUGCGCCACCAACACCACGGCUGCCACUCAACGGAGGCUUCAACUCCAUGUACAGUCCCAUACCGCAACCCAUUGCCACCAUGGGAGAAUCUUAUAGUGCGCUUGGUUCCGACAGCGCGAUGUCGGGCGGGCUGACUUCGUCGUGCCUGCAACAACGGGAUGGCGGGUACCCCUACAUGUUUGGCGACGUGCUGGGCAGCGGAGGCUACUCCAGAGCACCUGCAGCUCAUCAACAACACGCUGCGUAUUCGCAGCCACAGGGCACUGCGGGCACUGGAGUAAUAUCAGCAGGCGUGAGCGUGCCUGUGCAAAUCCCAUCGCAAGGGCCGGACCUCGCAUCGAACUAUUGGGGACGGCUUCAGUGAUCUCAGCUAUUCGGGUUCCCGCAUCGGCUACUGUCGAUGCCUGAGAACCCGACCAACAUACCAGAGUCCCCAUCUAGCGGCGAGAUCGCGCACAACUACGCCGACGCGCAUUUGUCUAUGAACGCCGCCAUCAACAUGACGGCCGGACACGAUGCCAAUGUUUUGGCGGCAGAUUUACAAGAACAAAACAAUUCAGUGUCGUAAGUGUACACAAGACUGUUUAAUAUACCCCGUUCGUUUCACAAUCCAGUUAUUUGAAUUUUAGUGAGAUUUCAGUUCUAAAUGGUGCAAGUUAAUUUAUUUUAUGUUUGUAUGUAUGUACAAUAGUUUUCGGACUACACUUUAAUAUUAAGAGGCAACUGAUGAUGUUCAAAAUUAGUCGUAAGCAAACGACCGUACACGAUGAUGUGUGCUGCGCACUUCCGAACAUUCAUGAUAUUGUACUUAUAAUUUAAUUUAUAGUUUGCUUAAACAUAAUACAUACAUGUAUAGUAAAUACAGAUAUUUAGGCAUGUUUCAUUGCGUACGGUCAAUAAAUAAAAUAGUAAGCUAGUAACAAUAGCGUGCAAUUGUAAAUAUAGAACAGCGCCAUCUAUUGUCGAGUAGAGAAAGUUUCUUUAAUGGCAGCCGAGAAGUCCUCGGCGGGAAAUAAAUGUAAAUUGUUUGUGCCAACGUUUGUAAUAAUCGAGUGUUAUGCGCCCUUUGCGUGCACAACCCUUUCUAUUUCUUUGAUGUAUGCAAUAGGGGUGCGAAAUGUUAAUGCUAUAGAGAAAAAAAACGUGGCAAUGAGCUUCGUUACGGCGUUUGUUUCACACCCCUGCCUUCACGAACAAAUUGUCAUACAAACUAAUCAUGUUUGUACUAUUGUGAUGACUCUUGUAUAAUAUUGUUACUAAAUAGAUGUUGUACGUAAUGUGUCAACUCAAGUUCAUUAGCACACCUUGAAACGAAUUAAUUUAUUAUUUAUUGGUAAAAUUAAGAUAAAUAAAAAUAUCGCUGUGAUUAAAAUAUUAUUAAGAUUUAUAUAAUUAUUUUACCAUCAACAUUGUGGGUUAUUUGAACGAACUCCUUUUAAAUUUACAGCACUGAUAUUCCUUAUUGUACAAAACUGUAUACAAGAUGUAAUACUUACUUACUAUGUAUACUGAAGUCAAAUAUUUCUGUCAUUUUUUUCUUAAUGGUGCUGGAUUAGCAGCACAAAUUAUCAUUUAAUUAUGUAACUACUUGAUAAAUAUGUACAUUUAUAAUAUAUAUUUUCAUUAAAAAUGCAAUAUGGACGUUGAUAGGCGUUAUGUAUGUAAUGUAAUUUAGUUUUGAAAGUAAGUGUAUAAUAAAUUAUUACUUGGUAUAAGUGCAUAUAGGUUGAGGAGAUUACAGUGAAAAUUUAUUAAUAAAUAUUGCAUUAACCAUUA